AUGCAAGAAGAAGUUAUAUCAAGACCAAUCGAAAAAAGAGUUGAUUUCGACUGCAGCAUAUGCAUGUGCGACGUAGAAAUCCCAGUGGUCACGCAGUGCGGGCACCUGUUCUGCUGGGGGUGUAUCCAAGGGUGGAGCGAGAAGUCCAGCAUAUGCCCAGUGUGUAAGGCCACGUGCAGUAUAUCUGCUGUUAUACCAAUAUACUCGAAGGGAAACACCAGCUCCAACGGAUUCUUUCCAAAGCCGCAGGAGCCUGCUUCCUUGUGCAGAAACCCCAGAAAAAUAAUGGGACUCGGGUACGUGGACGGGCUGCGGGUCUUCCACAUGCAGGGAGUCGAGUACAGAGGCCUCUACGGGCGCCAGUGCUUUCUCACAAAAAUAUUCUACAUUAUUCUUCUCCUUUUCUUUAUUAUGAUAUUUCUAAUUCUAGAAUAA